AUGGAAGUAUUGUAUGACGUCUGCUUGCCAUUUUAUAAUGACCAAUUUGUUUUUACUUUCACUUAUUUCUUCUAUAUUUGGCUCACAGACCUUAUAUAUAUAAUUUGCCGCCUGAACAGGAUUACUCCAUAUCUGUCUAUCUUCGGAUAUUUGUUUCCAGUUUUUUGCAUGCAGCUCUUUUGCAUUUUUGUUAAUUCGGUUUAUUCAUCUGCUUUUUUGGGUUUCUAUAUGGUAUUUAUUGUCGGAUAG